CACAGGUGAAGCCCUUAAAGGGGCCGCGGAGCCUUUGCUGCCCGCUUCCAACGCGCUUCCCCGCCCCCCAGCCCCCGCUGCGUCCCUGGCGAUCUGCUCGGCGGAUGGCGCCGGAUCCUAAGCUGAGCGACGGGUGAGUUAAGACGCGCAGCGAGACGGCUCCCGCGUCCCUCAGCCGUAGAAACAGCCUUGGAGACGCUGCGCGUAGAAAAACUUCAUCUUAUUGAAAGUGUGCCUAUCACCUGAAGAAGGGUGCAAAUGGGACACUGAUAAUGCACAUUAAUAAGAAGUGGCUGUACUUUAGUGAUAGAGCACAUGCCUGGCAUGAAGAAACUCUGAGAUUCAGUCUCCAACCAAAGGACCAGAUAGCAAGUGACAGGAAAGACCUCUACCUAAGACUCUGGAGAGCUGCUGCCAUUAAAAAUAAUACCGGAUCAGAUAGGCCAUCUGACUUUAAAGCAACUCCAUGUGUUCAUAAGGAGUAAAGCUGUGUGUGCACAGACCUGUCUUGAUUUUUGCUUCAUGGCAUCUUUAAACAUUCAGCCUCAAUACUUGUCAAUAUACAGUUUUAAAGUUGUUUAAAUGAACUACCAUAUACAAAUAAUACAGUGGCUAGAGGCUCCCCUCUCCCUGUGGAACAGGUGCCAACUCUCUUGCGUUUUACUAUUAGGAUGACAAGUCCAGAGGUUAGAAAUUGAAAUAUAAGUAGGUCUCUAUGGUAUUUGAAUUCCAUAAAAAUUAUACUCUGUUGCUGAGAAAUUCCUAGACCUUGACAAAUGUAUCAGUUUCUGUUGUUCUCACCUGGAAAUAAUGUUGCAACUUUACAAUAUGACAAAGGCCCUUGGGGCUGAAGAAUGAGCUUUUCUUGCAUUAAGCUCAGUAAGAUCUGCUUCCUGCUCUCGGUUAUCUUUUGUGCAGUUCUCCUCUUGCUAAUCCCCAAAUUCCAGGCCAUCUGGAAACCUAGAAGUUAUCCACAGCCACAGCCACCACUUCUUUUUAAUGGUUCCAGCAACAGUGACAUCACUUUGCAGCAGGUGGAAUCCAGUUCGAUUGAUCAUUUGGAUGAUGAGGCUAGCAAUAUAGUGUCCUUGGUGAAAGAAGAACUGGUAGAAAAAUGGAGUCACUAUAUCAUAACCACUGGGAGAUCUGGUCUGAAAGCUAACAGAAAGAUGAAUGACAGCCCAAUUAAUCAAUUGGACAAUUUGAUGAAAGACCAUGUGGAACCUGCUUUAGUCUUUGCUAAGGAAAAGCUGAAGUUGAAGGAUAUCUUUAUUGCUGUGAAAACAACAAGGAAGUACCAUAGAACAAGGCUGAACUUGCUGUUCCAAACAUGGAUUUCUCAGGCUAAGGGGCAGACAUUUAUAUUCACAGACUGGGAUGAUCAGGAGCUACGUCUCAGGGCAGGGGACCAUGUAAUCAAUACCAACUGCUCAGCUGUUCACACUCGCCAAGCUCUCUGCUGCAAGAUGUCCGUGGAAUAUGAUAAAUUCCUGGAGUCUGGGCGAAAGUGGUUUUGUCAUGUGGAUGAUGAUAACUAUGUGAACCUGCACAAUCUCCUGCAUCUCCUGUCUGCUUUUUCACACAGCCAAGAUAUAUAUGUGGGGAGACCAAGCCUAGACCAUCCAAUUGAAGCAGCAGACCAUGUUCGGAAUGACGGAUCAACCACUGCAAAGUUCUGGUUUGCCACAGGUGGUGCAGGGUUCUGCAUCAGCAGAGGUCUUGCCCUCAAGAUGAGCCCCUGGGCUAGCCUAGGAAGCUUCAUCAGCACUGCAGAGAGAAUUCGACUUCCUGAUGACUGCACCAUUGGUUACAUUAUUGAGGGGCUGUUGGAGGUGAAACUCUUGCGCAGCCCCUUGUUCCACUCUCAUCUGGAAAACUUGCAGCAGCUGCGUGGCGAAGCUGUGCUGAAACAGGUUACCUUGAGUUAUGGUGGUCCUGAGAACAGGCGCAACGUUGUAAGCGUGGGUGAAGUGUUCAGUAUACAGCAAGACCCAACUCGAUUCAAAUCUGUCCACUGUCUCCUCUACCCUGACACUGGAUGGUGCCCCAGUCUAAUAGUGAACUGAUAUCUGCCCUAACAUUCAGAUGUAUCUCUUGCUGGUCCUUUUUAAAAAAAAUGUGCAGCCAAAGCUGUCUUUGGGGAGAAAACAGAAGACAAGGUCAAAGCAAGUGGCCACUAUUGUAAAUGGUCUUUGGACAUAUCUUUAGUCUUGAAGCACAUCAUAAUCUAUAUCUGCAAUGCUCUUCUCACUCCUUUUCUGAUCACAUAUAUGUCAUGUUAGCCAAACCUACUUCCUAUUGCAUUGCAUUUGUACAACCUCAGGAAUGUUACAGUAUGGCACUGUAGCAACAUAGUUGAGGGCUAAUCUUCUUUCCGCUAGAAUGCUUGGAGGAAAGCACAAAGCUUUGUUUUGAGACUUCACAUGGGAAAACGAGGGGAUUUUUAAUGGAAAAAUAGUGUAAUCAAGAAGUCGUAGCCUGUUGUUUAUUCUGCCUCAGCAUCUGUAUCGUGGAACCACACUAGAAAUGCUAGUGACUGCUUACCUACUAAUGAUUAUAAAGUAGACCAGUAUUUACAGGGUGCAUAUUAUCAGAAAUACCCUGAGAAGUGAUACAAUCUUCAAAUAUCUGAAGGGCUGUCACAUGGAGUAAGCUUGCUUUUUUUGCUGCUCCAGUGUGUAGUACCUGAAGCAAUGGAUUCAAAUUCCAGAAAGGAGAUUCCAAUUAAACAUUGAGAAGAACUUUUCUGAUAGGGAGAACUGUUUUGACAGUGCAACAGACAACCUCAGAAGGUGGUGGUGAACUAUCCUUAAUUGGAGGUUUUAAAGAGGUGGGUGGCCUCUGUCAGGGAUUGUUUAGCUGUGAUUCCUGCAUUGCAGGGGGUUGAACUAGAUGCCCAUCAGGUCCUCUCCAACACUACAAUUAUUUUAUUCUAUCCUGCUCCUGUGUUCCAUGCUAUAGCAGAGCCACUUGCCUUUAUGGCCAUUUGAAAGCUAUCUUAUACAUGUACAGUGGUACCUCUACUUAUGAAUGACUCUACUUACGAAUGUUUCUACUUACGAAUGGAGCUCCGUCUGCGAUCUUGGAUGCGGUUUAGAUAGGAUUUUUUCUACUUAUGAAUUUUUAGAUAGGGUUGCUUCUACUUACGAUUUUUUUCUCCCAAUGCAUUCCUAUGGGAUUCGACUUACAAUUUUUUUCGACUUACGAAUGUGCAUUCGGAACGCAUUAAAUUCGUAAGUAGAGGUACCACUGUACUGUAUUUCACUCUUGCCUGGAUGAAAUUCAUAUACAUACUGUACACUGUUACCUCCAAGUCCCACACCUAUUUGUCUUGAGCAUUCUGUGCCCUGACCACUAACUAAUAUAAUUGAAACCCCCAUUUAUCUUGGCUGGACCACUAUACGUUUAUUGCUUUUUGUAUUGUAGCUUGUCUCCUCUUCUUGAUGCAUUCCACAAUCAAUAUGCUGGAUAUAUGAGGAAAGAACAUUUGUUAACACAUGAUGUAUGUGAUACUAUUUAAGGACUUUUUCCAUGAUGGACUGGAUCAACUCUAUAAAGGACGUUUUAUAAUCCUGGAAGUGUUAAUGUUUAAUAUUCUCUGCAAUCAGUCUUCAGCUAGCAUAGAAUAAUAUGCUACAAACUUACACUAUAAACUACAAACUUACACCAUACUGGCAUGGUAUAACCCACCUUGUAAAUACUGUUGCAGCAUUCACCAAAAAGUUAAAAGUAGGUUGCAUUUUGGGAAAAGGUGAAGGAACCCUGUGUGUGCAGCCCUGAGAUGAAAUAAGUAAUAACUGAAAUGUUGACAAACUAUCAGUUUAGCAGGCCUCUCUUUGCGACAUAAAAAAAUGAAGGUACCACACCAUCUAUUUAAGGAACUCAUGCUACUUUAAUAGUCAUGAAGACAGUUUGUUAAGGGCCUCUUAAUGACUCUCGGCCUCCUUAACAAACAACAGCAACCAUUUAUUUCUUAUACCCUGCCCAUCUUACUGGGUUGGCCCUGCCAUGCUGGAUGGCUUCCAAGAAAAACACAGGAAAAACAACCACCACAACAUGAAACAUUAAAAGCUUCCUGAAACAGGUCUGCCUAUUUUAAUGCACAUUUGCAUACUUCUGAAUUUGGUUUCCUUGACACAUAAUUUCCCAUUCUAGGCUAUAGAGCAGGUGUUCUGUGGUGCUGUAUGGAUGCUGGACUCCAGCUCCCAUCAUCUUCAGCCAGUAUGGCUAAUGGGGAUAGUGGAAGUUGUAGUCCAACCCCAUAUAGAGGGCACCAUGGUGGCUAUCCCUGCUAAUAGAGCAUACCUGCUUAUUGUCUGUGCAGAGCACUGGCGAUAAGUGAAGUGCUUGGAGUGUUGAAUUGUUUGUGCAUGAUUAGACUGUUGCAGCCUUUGCUGCUAUUUCUGAAUGCAGGAGCAUUCCCAGUGAAAUCUCCCCCCUCCCCCCAAAAUAAAUAUUUUAUUGUAAACCACCCUGUGAUCCUCUGAAAAAGGAUGAUAUAGAAAUUUAAUAAAUGAUAAUGAUAAAUAGCAAUUUUUAGAAGUGUGGUUUUUUUUUAUUCUCAACCGUGAAAAACCUUGGCACAGCCAACUGCCUCUCUACACAGCACUGAAAGGAGCACUGAACCCAGUAUAGCUCAGUUGUUAGAGCAUGAGGCCCUUAAUCUCAGGGUCAUGGGUUUGAGACCCACAUUGAGCAAAAGAUUCCUACAUUGCAGGGGGUUGGAUUAGGUGACCCUUGUGUUCCUUUCCAACUCUAUGAUUCUAAUGGCUUUUGAUAAACACCACAGUUCUUAAAGUUUUAGUAGAGUAAAAUGAGUCAAGUCUGCAACUAGCUGUGAUGUCUGAUUGAGCGUCAGCAAAGGCUUGAAGAUGGUUUUGAGGCACAGGAGAAUAAACUCAAGCCCUGCAGUGCAUAAGGUGGUGGUGUCAGCUUUCCAGACUUAAUUGAGACCUUAAGAUCUUCUGCUUUGUUCACAUGCACUUCUUUGACAAUUUAGCCAUGCUCAAUUUGCUUAUGUGCAAAUUUUCGCUUUGAGCAAAUGAUGUUGGCACUUUCUGGUUUAGCAACUACCACAUUUCUUUUCUAGAAAAUGAAUCUAAAAAAUAAAGUGUUUCACUGACUCUGCUUUCAUUCUGAGUUGCUGUACCAUGUUUUUGAAUGGUAUUCAGGACCUAGUUAAUACUGUAUACAUGCAUCCUCAUAAUGGGUCCCUGCUGAAAACAUGCAUUUAAUACAUUUUCCCUAUCUAAAAUGCAAUAUUAGAAUAAACCUACAUGCUGAUUAUCUGAGAGAUUGUAAGCAUUUCAAAACCUUUUAAAUGUAUGUCUAAGAAUUUAGAAUGGUUCACAUUCCAGUGCUUAAUUUUAACGGGGGAAAUGUUUGUUUAGAAACAACCAGUGCCUCUUGCUGUGACCCAGUCACCCUGACCAUG